CUGCUGGAGUGUCCCAGCAGAGACAAUGAGAGGGGCAUGAGAGGAGAAGCACAAAUUUAAGGAGCAGAGCUAGGCUCAGAAACAGAGCAGAGGAGGAGAGAGAGAAGGAAGGAGAGAGACACAGAAACUGGAAGUCACACAGAAAGACCCAUAAGGAGAAGGAGAUACAGUGAGAGACAGGCAACAGGGCAGGAAGAAACGGAGAGUAGUGAAAACGAGUGAACAAGUAAGACUGAGCAAGGUUGCUCCUACUAAUGGGGAGGGAGCGCCCAAAUGCCUGUCUACCUUUGGAAGAUUCCACAGACAUUUAUCUCAGUGCCUGAAAUCCCACCAUUAGCAUUUCACUUUCCUUCACCCAAGUUUUGACUUUAUAAAGGUGAUAAGGUAAAUGGAAAGCUUUUUCUCCUAGAAGUAGCCCCAGAGAGCCUAACAGGUUCAAAUCAGCGCCAACAGCAUAGAACGAAGCUCUGAUCACACAUGAAGUACUAUGUUUGGUUCUUGGUGCCAUGGUUUAGGAAGCUAAAGAGUAUCCAAAGAAGGACAACCAGGAUUGUAAAGAAAACAGAGACUAUGCCUUAUGGACCAGCCUGGCAGAGGACUGAAAUGUCAGAUUCAGAGACUGAGGUCAAGAUGAGCACUAAGCCUACAUCUAAAAACCAAGAUGAACCAUUUCAGAAGAGACUCUGUUCCAAUCUAUUUCACAACAUCAAGUUCUUUGUAUUCUGCCACAGCCUGCUGCAGCUGACCCAACUCAUGAUCUCAGGCUACCUGAAGAGCUCCAUCUCCACCAUAGAGAAACGCUUUGGCCUGUCCAGUCAGACCUCAGGCCUCCUGGCGUCCUUCAAUGAGGUGGGGAACACGGCCCUCAUAGUAUUCGUGAGCUACUUUGGGAGCCGGGUCCAUCGGCCCCGACUGAUCGGCUUGGGAGCUGUGCUUGUUGCCAUGGCAGGACUCCUCAUGAGCCUUCCCCACUUCAUCUCGGAGCCUUAUCGCUAUGACCACGCUAACCUUGGCCUGCGUCAGGACUCUACUUCUUCCUUAUGUUUGCUAUCCCAGGCCCCAGAACAGGCCUCUGCCUCUGCCUCAGUCUCAACCCCAAGUAAUAGUAGCUGUGCCUUCCACUCGGAGGCUCCACAGAUGGCGGUGGUGGGGCUCAUGUUCCUGGCACAGGCCCUGCUUGGAGUGGGUGCUGUGCCCAUCCAACCCUUUGGAAUCUCCUAUAUCGAUGACUUUGCCCACCCAAACAACUCUCCCCUCUAUUUAGGGAUCCUCUUUGCUGUAACUCUCAUUGGACCUGGGGUGGCUUUUGGACUUGGAGGCCUCAUGCUGAGGCUUUAUGUGGAUAUUGAUCGGAUGCCUGAAGGAGGCAUCUCUUUGAAUCCUAAGGACCCACGCUGGGUGGGUGCCUGGUGGCUGGGAUUCUUGAUCGCUGCUGGUGCUGUGAUCUUGACAGCUCUCCCUUAUUUCUUCUUUCCCCGGAAUAUGUCAAAGGAGCAACAGGAACUUGGUUUUAAGAAACGGAUCUUACCUUCAUUGAAUGAUAAAGGAGAAAACUCUCUCAUCAAGGAGAGAACAGGUAACUUCCCAGACAAAGAGAAGGAUGAAGCGGCCCAGAUUGCUCCAGACCUGACUGUGAUACAGUUCGUCAAAAUCUUCCCCAAAGUGCUGCUACGGAAUCUGCGCCACCCCAUCUUCCUCCUGGUGGUCCUGGCCCAAGUCAGCAUGUCCUCCAUGGUGGCUGGGAUGGCCACCUUCCUGCCCAAAUUCCUGGAGCGCCAGUUCUCUGUCACUGCUUCCUAUGCCAACCUGCUCAUUGGCAGUAUCAGUGUCCCUGGAGCCAUCUUAGGCAUCAUAACUGGAGGUGUGGUGGUUCAUCGCCUCCAUCUGAGUUCCAAACAGUGUGCAAUUGUUGGGAUAGUAGGAGCCUUUGCCUGCCUGAUACUUGGAAUACCACUCUUCUUCUUGGGCUGCCCUACCCAUCAUAUCGCCAAUAUCUAUGGCCCCAGUACUUUUCCUGAAAAUGAGGAAUUCCUAAACUGUACCCAGCUGUGUUCCUGCUCCAAGAGUGACUUCAACCCUGUGUGUGACACCAGUACCCACACUGAGUAUAUUACUCCCUGUCAGGCUGGUUGCACAGGGUUUAAACGUGGUCCAGGUCCAAGUCAAGACUUGGUAAUUUAUACCAAUUGCAGCUGCCUCCUUUCAGGAAAUAGGAAGAAUUUGGUCAUCUCUGGUUCCUGUGAAUCAUCCUGUAGUAACCUGGUGAUUCCCUUCAUGCUCCUUGUCAGUGUUGGAAGUGCUGUGGCCAGUCUUGUUCACACACCUUCCUUCAUGCUCAUCCUAAGAGGGGUGAAGAAUGAAGAUAAAUCAUUGGCUAUUGGAAUCCAGUUUAUGUUGCUGAGAAUUCUAGCCUGGAUGCCCAGUCCUGUGUUCCAUGGCAGUGCUAUUGACACUACCUGUAUUUUCUGGGCCAGUACCUGUGGGUUGCAGUCCCUUUGUCGAUACUAUGACCAUGACCUCCUCAGGCAUCGGUUCAUCGGGCUUCAGGUGUUCUUCAAGCUGAGCACACUGUUCUGCUUCAUCUUAGUGUUCAGCAUCCUUCGACAACAGGAGAAGGAGGCUGCUUGCUCUAGGUCCCAGCCUGACUCGGUGCUCCAGGAGGAGAAACUGGCCCUUAACUCAGAGAAACAAUCUGGGGAAUCCACAGUGUGACCCAGCUGCCCCAGGCUGGUCUGCAUCCCUCCUCCAUUGUGCGGUGGGCAAAGGAUCCUACCAAUGAUGAGGAAAAGGAGUAGCAUUCGCAACAAAUAUAGCCUUCAUUGGAGUCCUCUCCCUGGUGAUAGUGUGAGAGCUAUGCCUGAAUAAAAGAGGCAAAUGAGACUGGUUACCUGGGAUCCUGUCCCCAAAGAACCAUUUGGGGAAGACACUGUCAGAUGCUCUCUCAGUACUCUUGUUUUCUUGUAGUGAGAAAGUCUCAGAUAAACAGUCUUAGUCAGCACAGGGUCAGAGAUCCUCAAAGGCCAGUCCCCAUUAUGAUCCAACCACCCUGCUCUCAAUAUUGGUGCAUCUCUGCUAUCCACUGACAAAUUCCAAAGGAUUCCUUCUCCAGUGAUCUCAGCUCUCCUAGAAACAGAGACAAGACCAACUGUUAGGAUCAAUACACAAAUUCACACUUGGGGAAAUGAAAGGAUGGGAUUCCAAGCUCACCAUGAAUUUGGGAGCUUCCCUGAUCCUGGAGCUCAUCCUGCCCUGUCACCCAGGAAAUACACAUGAAGGAUACUGUGCAAUCAUCUCCAGGAAUGAAUUGAUUGGUCUUUGACAAUGACCAACAUCAGGGAUUGACGUCUUUUGUAUACUCGGAUUCUAUUUUUUUUAACCCUCCUUUUGAUCAUUCUUAGAGCAGAGACUGAGAGAUUCUUUUGCCUAAACUCCUGGCAGGUUUGAAUAUUUGUCUGGGAAAAGUGAUAUUUCAUUAUGCUGUUGCAUUUAUCCAGAGGUAAGGUUCCCCCUGCUUUUACAUACCUUGGCUUACCCAAAUUAUAUAUAGUCACCUCCAUGUCCUUAGCUGGACAUUCAUCCAGGGGAAUCCUCCAAAAAAACAAAAGCUUCUUUUGCCAAAUUCCUGCCCAAGCCCACAUCCCUCAUCCAGAACUGACUUUCUGGAACAGAGAUUUCCCUUGAUCUUUGAAUUUUAAAAGGUUGCCUUUUGUCUCUAUGAUUUCUUUAUAGAGUCCCUUUGGAUAAAUAACUUUCUUAUCCUAAGCUUUAGUUUGUAGGGAUUUGUAAAAUAAUGGGAAUUAUUGGUACAUUUCAUAGGUAGGAUAUGUUAUGUAAAAAAACUUUGGCAUCAGAGGAUCUGGGUUCAAAUUUCAUUGCUGAUGCUUUCAGUCUUUGUGAUGGUAGGAAAGUUAUUUAACCUCCCUGAGCCUCAGUUUCCUCAUUUAUAAAAGGAAGAGGUUAUAUUCAGUGGCCUCUGGGUCCCUUCUAUGAAUCUAUGAUGGUCUUUCAGGUACCCUUUAGGUCUAAUUCAUUACUUCUUGAGAAUAUUUCAAGAAUGACCAUGGACUAAAUGUCUUCAAGUGUCCCUAAAUCCCUGACAGCUUAAUUUGGUUUACUGACCUCACAUAUCUGUUACUCCUCCAAUUUCUGGUCACCUCCUUCCUCCUAUCACUGUUGUCUCAUUUACCUGUCCUUAUAACCAGAGCCAUUAUUGAGCUAGGAGACCCUGAAAUUUACCCACAGGCUGCUGUUAUCCAUAGGGUUUUACCUCCUCCCCAAGGGCUGAACUUCCCAUCUAUAGCAAGCUUUGCUUCUGUGCUUCAUCUUCCAUUAGCUAGCCCUUUGUCUGCCCUGUCCCCGUCCAAAAGUUCAUCCCUUUGUCUCUUCUUCCCCAAUGUCCAGUCUCCUUCCCAAUCCCCAUAAGAGCCAGGGCUAGGCACUCUGGGAGAUUGGCCACCCAAUAUUAUGUUGCAGUUCUAUCUAUGCUCAAACUGUCUCUUGGACUGCUGCCCCCUAGUCAGGUGAAUUUCCCUUAAGCAUAAGAAAUGCCAAUUAUUGCUCUAUCUUCACCCAUUUCUAUCUAUUUCACCUUCUCACACUUUAGCUCCCAUGAGUAUAUUUGAUAGCAUUUGUUCACAGAGAAAAAGAAAAUACCUAUAUAUCAGAAAUAAUAACCCAUAGAAAGACUGUUAGAUAUGCAUAUCUAUCUAAAGUAACUAAAGAAUUUAAUUCUUAAUUCUCUCUGGGCUACAUAUCCCACAACACCAACUCAUCAAUAGUCCUUGAGAAUAGUAUUAUCUUCUCUAGAACAUUUGCCCCCUUUUUUUAAAAAUUUGUCCACUUAGCUCAUUCUAUCAAUCUCUAGCUCACUCUUAGCCAAUCAUAAAGUCUCCUGUUUUCACAGAGAUUUCACGGACACUAAUGUUCCUCCUUAGGUAUAAAAUAAUAAUUUAGUUAAUGAACUUCCCCUUCAAAAUAUGGGCUAUUCCCCUUCCAAAGUUCACAAGAAACACUAUUUGCUUAUAAGAGGUUGGACUAUAUUCAGUUUGAUUUAAUUCAGCAAAUGUGUUAAGUACAUGCCUGGUACAAUCAAACAUUGAAUUCUAAGCAUUGGAAUAAUGGGUUGUAAGUUCCAUUUUGGGUAUUUACCAAUCUGUUUGAACUUGGGUAAAUCCCAAUACUUUACUGAGUCUCACAUGCCUCAUCUGUAAAAUGGGUAAAUAAUCUUUGUAUAAUCCUACCUCUUAUCACCAUAGGGGUGGAAGGAAGUUACCUACCAUAGGAAGUGUAGCUAUGAUGAUCAUAUUCAGGGCCCUAUGCUUAGUGUUAUGAGGUUGAGCUGUCACAGGGAAAUAUAAAGAUAAAUCUGACAUAGUUCUCAGAGAGCUUACAACUUAAUAGGGGAAAUUAGACAAAUACAAAAAUAGCCAUGAUGCAGACAGGAUGUAAUAAUAGCAAAAGAGAAAGUCAAAUAGAAAUCUUAUGAGGAAAUAUAGAGAGAGAGGAUGGGAGGAUAGGUCUGCCCUGGAUUCUGUGGUCAAGGUCUGAAAAAUGGGAUGGUCAAUCAGUUAUCAUUGAUCAGGUAUAACUAGGGGACAGACACUUGUACUAAACUUUGAGGAGAGAUGGCAAGAGGAAAAGGAGGACCAUUCCUUUCUCUUAGAGUCCCUAUACUCUGAAGGUCCAGACACAUACCCUCACCUGAGAAGACAUAUAUCUUCAUUUUUUUUAGAGAGCCCCCAGUAUAAAGGAUAAAACAACAAUCCUGCCUAUAGUGAGUCCUCAUUCUUGGGAAACCCAUGGCCUUUGUCUUUAGAAUCUUUGCCCUGUCUGCAGGGUCAAGAGAUGACUCUUCUCAAUGGGACGGGAACAGAAAGAUUUUUCUGAAAACUUUUGGAAACACUUAAUUCAGCAACAUAAAAAAAUGUAGAGCUGGGGUAGAAAGGGAGUGGGAGCUACACCAAGGAUUUGACUCUGCUGUGUACAAAUGUAUGAUAAUAUAAACCCCCCCCCACCAGUUUCUACCCCUGUCUCAUUUCUUCCUCAGCAAAUCUUUAUCUAGGUAUCCCCCUGGGAUAUUUGGAUAUCCCAGAUUACUAAUACUGAGGAAAGUUUCUUUAAUCAUCACCUCUUACUUCAGACUAAACUGAGGAAAAUCUCCAUUCCCUUUUGGAUUACCUUGUUCCCCUCAUUUUAAACUGUGGACUUAUAGGUUUGGACAAAAAUCACUUUAAAUAACUAUUACAUUAAUAGCAAUUUCAAAUAUCAAUGGAAAAAAGCUAAGGAAAUAGGCUUCCUCUUGCAGGUCUUAAUGACUAUAGCCAAGGGAGUUGAAUAUCUUUCAUCCUAUGAAGGGAAAUAAGAAGUAAACAAAUAGGAUGGAGAAAAGAGCUGGAGCUUUCUUUGCAUAGUGCUUCAGAGGCAAUGGGGAGGAGCGAUGUUCAGUGUAGUAGGUUCUGAUAGUCACAUCAGUUCUGGUGUGCUGUCCCAUCAUGUCUCUUCCUUACCUUCCUGUAUGAUCUAGGGCUAUGGAGUAGCCCCCAGGCUCUGCCAACACACCUGGAGAAACAUAGGGGACUGCCACACCUGAAAGUCCACCCUCUCAUGUCAACAACGUGGUUUUUCUGUAUCUUGGUGCAUGAGUCCUCAGCAAAAGGAAAUCCCUUCCAAGUCAAAAAUUCCUAUCAACUUGGAGAACUCUAAAUAGACUGUGCAUAGGAACAGACUCUACCUCUUGUCCCUCCAGUGUCUCCCAUUGGCCAAAGGAGAAAAGGAGAGAAGAGUUAUAUUCACAAAUGACCAAAUGGAAAGAUCUUAUUUUUUCUGUCCUUGUCACUUGUUCCUAUCUCCCAUCCUUUUCUAUGAAAUGCCUGGUUUGUAGCAUUAUCAGUUCUGUCUCAUGCCAAGUCCUGUGUAGGAUUUGGUAUUUGUUGAUCUUAUCAUACUAGGUUCCUGAAAGAGCAGAUGGAGAGCUUUUCUACCAGAGAUCUGAUGAAGAACUGAACAGACUAACUAUUAAGCCAAAGAUUGUCCUUGAAAUAUCAGCUAUUUGACCAAUUCAUCAGCUUAGUGUGAUUUCAGAGGAAUAUAUGGGAGAAAGAGGGUGGAAAUGAUGAUUUAGGAGACCGUUAGGUCAGAGACACUGUGUUGUGGGGAGAGAAGAUUAGGGGGAAAUGAAAAAAAAUGGAAUAGAGCUGAAUCUGGGCUCCCUGUCCAGCAUUCAAUCCUGACCUUGAGCUUCUUUCCAUUCUAUGAUGAGGAGUAACCAGUUUCUUUAAGGGAUAAAACUUGAGAAAACAAAGAAACAACACAGGACAGGCCUCAUGUGAUGGAAAGUGUCUUGGUCUGGGAUUCAGACCUGUGUGUCCUUAGCAACUAGGUCUCACCAUUGACUGGUUUGUGACUACAAAGUCAUUUCCUCCUUCUGGGUGUUCCCUCUGUAAAAUGUUGGGGUUGGAGUAUAUGAUCUCUAAGGGCUUUGUCAGUUCUAACAUUCUUGGAUUUUGAGUUGAUGACUGCCUGAUUUCUGUUCAGCCACCUGAUUUCCUUGAGGACCUGAGGGCAAGGCUUCUUUCCUGGCUGACUGACCCCAUCUGUCUGUGUAAACAAACCUAGGGCUGAGCCCACUAGAGAGAAAAUUCUUUCCUUCCUUCCUUCCUCUGAAACUUGUACAUCCCUGUCAUUCCCUUGGGAGCAAAACUUGGCAGACUAGAAGGAUGAUUGAGAAAAAAAGGGAGAGAGAAAAAUGGGGGUACAAAGAGAAGGGAGGGAGAAGAGUAGUUAAAACAAAUUAGUUGGAAUUCCUAGAGAGAAAGAGAGAGAGAGAGAGAGAGAGAGAGAGAGAGAGAGAGAGAGAAAGAAUAGGAAGGGAAAGAGAGGGAGUGGGGAACAUAAUGAAUGAAAUAGAGAACCAUGACAGACCAAAAAUCAAUUUAACAAACUUUUAAGUUCCCACUAUGUUCAAAGAAGCAUUUACUUGUGGAUAUUAUAAUUGCCCAAUCUGCAAGAAAAACCAUUGAGGUUUUAGUCAAUGGCACUUUAUUAAAGAGUCCAUUGUCCCCUCUAAUACUUUAGACCUCAGACCUUCCUCAUGGCCUGAGAUACUCUUGGUCUCCAGGACCUUGUUUUUAUAGGGUUUGAUAUCCAAAUAUUAAAAUGAAGCAUAGUAAAAUACAGCAUCUCAUAAAUUGAUGGAAUUUGCUUUUGAAGGCCAAAAAUGACAUCACAGAGAAGUUCUAGGUUAGCCAAAGCAUGCGACAUCUCUACCGAGUCAGUAAUCAUCCAAUGGUCCUAUGAUGGUCAUCUGCUCAUGUUGGGCACAAGAGAGUGGUCUGAAGAUACUAAAAUAAAUUGGGCGACUUUCCAAAGAAUCAAGAUAUCCAACCCAUAUUAUGGGGUUUGGACACAGAAUGUAAGGAAAACAGGAUGGAGAUACCUUUGUCAUCAUUCUUAUGGUUGCAUAAAUGAGCUUUAUAACUUGGUAAACAAGUAGUGUAUAUUAAAUUUUGAGGUCUAUUAUAAAGGCCUAUAAGAAUCUAUCUUAUCUAAUUACCUCUGUGAUUUAUAUAAAAUAUCAAAUUGAUUAAUACUAAUUGGAAUAGAACAGGAGUCCAAAUGAGCUUUUUCUCACAUACUAAGUAUCUGCUAUAUUUAGAUUCUUAUGCUACUUUCAUAUUGCAAAGGAUGAGGGUCUGGAAAACCCAUACACAACAUGGGUAUCAAAUAAUCAGUCUAAUUCAAGGCACCUUUAUCCACUGAAAGAUGAAGCUUAUAAGUGUACUUUUAGCAGUCAGAGAGCAAAGCUAAUUUAAAGCAGUGAAGUGAUGUAAUUAAAGAUAUGGAAAUAAUUUUAAAAUAGCAAAAAAAAUUUCUCCCAUUAAUCUGAAUCACACUGUCCCACAAAUAUACACAUGACCAGGAGGGAGAUGUAUGGACAUGUAUAAGGCACACAUGGCUAGGGGGACAUAUGCAGGGAACUUGAAGCCUAAGGAAACAUGUGGAAGACAUGGUAAAAUACAGCAUCUUAUAGGUUGAUAGACCUUGCAAAAAUGACCUAUCACAAUGGAGUCCUAGGUUGACAAAGCAUGGGACAGCCUUACUGAUUCAGUGAUCAUAAGAUACUCAUAUGAUAGCCGCCUACUCAUGUUGGACACCAAAAGGUUAGUCUUGUAAUCAUGUCAUCACACACUUCCACUUUGCCAGUCCCAGAUGCUCUUGUGUAUCUCAUUGUCUCUGGGAAUAUUGCUUUUUGCUGACCUUUCUUUCAGAGAUAAUGAUAGAGUAUGCUCUAGAUAUCAUUUCUGGUCCUUGUCCCAUAUAACUCCACUAGAUUUGAGCUAGUGUUGCUUCUAUCUGCUUCCAGCUUCUGGCUUCAGAGUUGUGGGCUGAAGUGUUGCAUCUUCUGCAUUAGCAGCACACUGGACUCCAUCAUCCCUCUCUUAGCUUAAAGUUCAAAGGCUUAAGAAAUAGCUGUUAGCAAGACAGGAUCCUCUCUCAACUAGCCAUCAGGCUAGGAGGAACAAACCCUAAACUCUUUUUCUCUCUCAUAAAAGGAGAUUACCAGAUGGUAGGAAAAGUUGUGGUAGUUUUUUCUCUCUCCUAUCAAUAAAUAAGAACUUAAUAAGCACCAAGAAGCAUUUGGAAUACAAAGACAAAAGUAACUGCUGAAAGUCUACAACUAAUCCAAGGAUGACAGCAUCUACAUAGGGAAGUACAUAAAAUAUAGAUGUAAAAGAUUUCCUUCCAGAAGCCAAGUUCUUUUGAACACAGAACUACCACAAAGUUGUGAGCUUUUAAAAAACCUCAGCUUCAAAGGGCAGUGUCUCUGUCUGAAAGCUGUAUCUGACAUAGGGUUAGAAAGUCCUUAUAGCUCUCUAGCUGGACAGCUAGGUGGCACAGUGGAUCCUGGGCUUGCAGUUGGGAAGACUCAGACAUUUACUAUGUGACUCUGGGCAAAUCAUUUAAUUUUGAAACAGGCAUUUAAUAAAUGCUUAUUUCUUUUCUUUCAACUUAAUGUCCAAUUGUCAAACUAUUAUUCAGUAGAAUUUUAAAGGCUACUCUUUCCAAUAAAUUGUUAGGAGUCUCCUAAUAGUUUCAAACCCAAUGAUCUUUUUGAUGUGAUUUUCAAAUUAAUGGGAGAAUAAAAAGCAGAAGAAUGAAAAUCCCUAAAUCUAAUCACUUGCAAACAUUUCUCUUUCCCUUAAUCCAUAUUUUCAAAUUCCUGGCUUUAUGAUGUGUAUUGUGGCUAUCCAAACCACAGCAUUGAGCUAGAUCCUACAAAUAAUUCCAUGCAUCUGUGCUCUCUUCAAUAUAGAUAGAACUCAGCCUUCCAUCUCUUCCUCCUCUGUGAACAAUCAUCCAUGUUCCUCCAUAGGUUCUCUACAUGUGCUAGAGACCUUUUGUAUCUUUUUUUAUUUAAAUUUUUUUGAGAUCAUCAGGAUUAAAUGAUUUGCCCAGCAUCACACAGUAGUAAAGUGAUUGUGUUUGGAUUUGAACUCAGGUUCUCCUAACUCCAGAAUCUGUGCUGUAUUCAAGAUACCUCCUGGUUGCCCUCUUUUAUGUCUUUUUAAAAAUAACAUUUCAAGAGAAUCAGUGAAGUUCUCAAACUGUCAAUCUAAUUCCUCACUCCAGUCAUGUUAACUACUCCCCCAUUUUCUAAUCAUACAUUUCCUCAGUGAUAUUCUCAUGCCGUUUAUUGCACAUAGAUCAUUGCUGGAGACAACUUGUGUGUCCUUGUUGCAUUUUGGGCCCUCUAUUAUGUUGUCUCAAGAUCUGCAAAUAUUCCUAUUUCCCUGGGAAAACACUUGUGUUAAAAUUUUAAAAAAAAGAAAGGGGGGGCAUCUAGUCGGUGUAGUGGAUAGAACACUAGCUCUGAAGUCAGGAGGACCUGAGUUCAAAUCAGCCUCAGACACUUAAAACUUCCUGGCUAUGACCCUGGGCACUCAAUUGUCUCAGAAAAAAAAAGGAGCCUGUGCACAAGAGAGAAAUGUUGGGGAGGUUAAAACCACUCUACAAUUCUAUUGAAAUCCAACCUACUCUCUCCUUCUUGGAUUUGAGCUCAACUCCUUAUCUAUCAGGAGUUUUUAUCCAGGAUAUAUACACUGAUGACUAAGUCAAUAUCUUGGCCAUCCAGCCUUAUUAUAGAUAUUAUUGUAUAGGUUUUUUUAAAAUUAAUUUCUUGGACUGAUCUCUUUCUCAUACUCAUUUAUCUCAUUGAGGAGCUCUUGUGAUAUCUGGAAGCUUGAUUGAAUCAACAAAAUAUUGUUCAGAAACUGGAGCAUCCCUCUCCCAUUUGACCUUAUACAAAACAUCCUCCAUGAUCAUGACAAAUGCCUUAGGUGAACUUAUCUCUGUUUUAUGCCUUGCUUGGUAUGUAUAGUCAUUAAAGAAAGUUUACUCUGUAAUUUUUUUUUUUGGUCAAGGGAGUUUUUAUUGUUUUUAAACUAUGUAUGAGAAUCAAAUACCUUUUGUAAUCCACAAACAAUAAACAUUAAUAAGAAAAAUUUUCUGCA